AUGGCAGAUGAAAAGCCUAAAGAAGGAGUCAAGACUGAGAAGAACAAUCACAUAAAUUUAAAGGUGGUGGAACAGGAUGGUUCUGUGGUGCCAUUUAACAUUAACAGGCAUAUGCCACUUAGUAAACGAAUGAAAGCCUAUUGUCAACGACAGGCGGAAAUGGAGAAUAAAGAUACAAUUGAUGUGUUCCAACAGCAGACAGGAAGUGUCUACACAAAGGGAACCUGA